AGCAGAUGACAACAACAGGUUGUGAAGCGUGGUGGAGCCGUCGUCGACACACACGGCGGCGCCUCAGCGCUCGCGGGUGGACGGCCAACCGCCAUUUCCCGCGUCACCGCGCACGCGCUUGUCCCGGUGCACGCGCGCCAGGUUUGUUUAGAUUUCAAUUCAACGGCAGUUCGCAACGGCGAGCGCGAGAGCGAUUAGUGGCUUUAUAUAGUUGGUUAAAAAUAUCUAUAUAUAUCGCACCGCGUGUGACACAAACACCCCCGAGCAAACAUCUUGCGAGGAUGUCUACUGAAAGUGCCUGGUGUAAGGCCUCAGGAGAGCCUAGUUUUGCUCAAAUUUUGAAGAAGAACAUAUCUCCAAAGCCUCCUCAACAAAUGUUAAAUGUAACUUUCACACCGCAAGGUGGAAAUGCAGAUGAUUUAGACACCACCGGUAUAUCCAGAGUCAUUCAAAUUACAGGUCAGUUCCCAAAGUCGCAAUUUGCUGAUCAGGCAAAAUCAAUCUCAAACAGUGCGUUAGCACCCAAGAAAGUUUCUCGGGAAUUUAUUGAUAAAUACAGACGUGGUGAGAUCAAUCCAGUUUCGGCUUUGCAUCAAUAUGCACAGAUGUUGCGCAUGCAGCUAAUUUUGAAAGAAACAGUAGCUACAGGCAAUGUAUUUGGGCAGUACUUUGCAUUCUGUGCCGUGGUUGAUGGUGUUGAAUAUAAAACAGGAAUGGGCCAAAAUAAGAAAGAAGCAAAGGCUAAUGCUGCACAAUUAGCUCUCGACGAGCUCCUGGACAUCGAACUGACCAAAACCUCUCCUUCAUGUCCUGCUGCAAUAUCUGAUGAACGUAGAGUAAUAGCUGCACAAAGUCUGCCUUCAAGAAAUCACUCAUCAAAGCUGGGUAAUGAAGGAAGAAAUCCCUAUUACAAAGCUGUAUCCAUAGCCUGCAGAGACGUAUUUAACAAGCUGACUGCUAACCUGCCUGAAUAUCAGAACUGUAGUACAUCUUUGGCUGCUUUUGUGGUUGAAAGACAUGGGCAGCCUUGUGAAGUCAUUGCAAUUGGAACAGGAGAGAGGAACUGUAAUGAUCCCUUGUAUUCUGAAGGCCGAAUUGUUCACGAUUCCCAUGCUGUGGUCACCGCAAGACGCUCUCUGUUGAGGUAUCUCUACAGACAUCUCCUAAUGUUCUACAACAAAAAUCCUGAUGUGGUGAGCCAGUCCAUUUUUUGCAACGAUUCUGGAAGAAAAGUUCUCAUUGUUAAGGAUCGUACAAACUUUCAUCUCUAUUUGAAUCAGCUGCCAAAGGGGGCUGCUCAGAUUAAACAGCUGCAUUUGGCUCCUCAUUCAAUAUCAACAUACCAUACAAAUAAAGAAAUGGAACUUCAUGUUAUUUUGGAUGGAAAAGUGUUUUCAACAAGUCAUUGCAGUGCUGAAGUAACUGGUGCUAGAAUGUGUAGCAUGUCUGCCAGUGACAAGCUGACUCGUUGGGAGGUGCUUGGAAUUCAAGGAGCAUUACUUUGUCAUUUCAUUGAGCCCAUUUAUAUUAGCAGCAUUCUUCUUGGUGAUGACAGCUGUUUGGACACACGAGGAGUUGAGGUUGCAAUUAAACAUCGUAUCGAUGAUUCGCUAACUUCAAAACUCCCAGAUUUCUAUAUUGUCAGCAAACCACAUAUAAGCCUUACAGAGGCUGCUUUUCCUUGCCAGUCAAAUGCUGUUUAUAAAUCUCUCAGCCUGAAUUGGUCUCAGUCAGAUGGGUUAAUAGAAGUGGUGAAUGGUGCAGCAGGAAAGAUUGCUGAAAGCUCACCAUUUAAAAGCGGUACCUCCAUGACCAGUCGUUUAUGCAAAGCAGCUAUGCUCAGUCGCUUCUAUCUUGUUGCUAAAGAAGCAAGUCGAGAAGAUCUAUCAGCAGUUCCAACGUAUCACGCAGCUAAGAUGAUGUCAAAAGCAUAUCAAGAAGCUAAAGCUCUACUCAAAUCAUCACUGGAGCAUCAUGGUUUUGGUACCUGGCUGGCCAAGAAUGCAAAUGCAGAAGUGUUUCAUAUGCAAUGAGUAGGAUACUGCUGCAUACUGUCUUCUUGAAGAAAUUCCAGUAGAUUUUAUUUUGUGAAAUAAUGGGCAGAGAACAACUGUACAAUUCGUAAUGUCACAUGCUUGAAUUUCCCCCAGACCAUAUGUUCAAUCACAUAACCAAUGUUGUAACUAUUCAAACACUUUUAUCAAUAAGCAGGUUCCUAUUUAUAGUCUACUUGCUGCUUUUCAAAAGCAGAUUGAUGAUCAACACCAUCUUCAUCUUAGAAAAGUAGUGUUAUGAUAGAUAAUAUUGGGGGAAUUUCUAUUAUUGAUUGUGAAAUAGGCUAUUGCAUAAGUAAAACCUAUUUGAUUCAUUGUUAACGUUGAAAUAGUUGUUAGGAGAAUUACAUGGUAUGCCUCAAUUAACUGAUAAUUAGAACUUUAAGCAGGACACUCAAUUACUUACGAAAUUGCAUUGGUUAAAUCAGACAGAAUUCUGUACAUAAGAAUGAUUAUGGCAGAAAAUGUAUAUGAUUCUCGUGCCAGGAAGUUAUUUUUCUCCACGAUCUAACAUGAGUAAUGGAUAACUUUUUACUUUUGAGCAAGUCUUCAAUAAACUUAUAGUUAGCUUUACUAUUCAAGUGAUAACCAAAUGAACCAUGUUUGUACAAUGAGAAAGAGCCUGGCUUCCUUUUUGACACUCACGACAAGGUGUUCCUUGCAUAGAGAAUAUCUAGAAUUAGAUCCAAAUUCUGUCACUCAAUUCGGCCUUGACACUCGUACAGCUUUACAUUUAAUUUCUUCUGUCAAUUUAUCUUUCCAUACCUCCCCUGAAAGGGAGAUAAAGUAUUCAGCAGUGAUGGUAUGGAAAUGCUAUUACAAGAUUUGUUAUCCUGUUAAAACUGCGAUAGUCCAUACAUAUUGAGAUCUUUAAUAAGGAAUGGAGAAGAUUAAUAAGUUCAUUGAUGCAAUUGUUCUUACUCCAGUCCAUAAAAUACUCCAUGGGCGCAUUUGAUUACUUAUUGUGCAUUUUGAAGGCCAUUAUUCAGAAUAUAACCAAUUAAAUCUAUAAAAUCUUUGAAUUGCUUUUCAUCUCUUUAAUAUUAAUGGAACUAAAAACAAGAUUCACGGCAUUAAUAUUUGUAAUAAUGUCAGCGUCCUUAUGAUUUGAGUGCUUUGGAUUGUGGUUCAUGGUAUCUCGGCAUGAAUUGGUGGCAAGGAAUAAAUAACCUGACUUUUCUGCCACAAUAGAAAGGUGCAACUUUCAAUUUCUGUCCAACAGUAAUUUGCAUGCAGACUUGUUUAGAUUAACUACCAUCACAGCAAGGUUUUACUAAAAUGUGUCAGAGAUAAAAAAUUGAGCAUAUCUUCAACCGAGUUCCUAAUCCCAGUGAGAUUCACAAUAGUAUUAUAAGAAUGAGGUGAAUGAUUAAUCUAAAUAUAGCUUGCCAGAUCUGAAAAGAUGUUAAAUUGACCACUUUUCAGAUUGAGCCAGCUAACUGUAAACGGGUUUGGGUUGCAGGGAAGGGGGUUUGGAGGUGGGGGUUAAUAGUCAAGGCAUUGUCAACACUGCUGUGUAUUUGUAAAUGUAAAAUGCAAUUUAAGGCAGACCCCCCCAUCAGUUUCCAGUGUUUCGUUUGCUUGCUUUGUUAGACGGUGGUUUAAAAGUUGGGUCAUGCUAAUUGUUUUCCCGAUUCUCAACUGUCAACUAGGCAUUUUUCAGGUGAUGCAUACCAUCUCCCUGCUCCACUUUCAUUCACUGCAGUUGGGGAAAAUCAAAAGGAGUCCCACUACUUGAUAUACCAGGAUAAUAUUGAUCUUUGCUUUCAAUCAAAAUCAACUGUUAAAGAUCCUCAAACAAGUGAGAUUACAUCAAAAAAUUGAAUUGCAAACGGACCUGCAUUCAUAGUUAGGUUUUAUUCUCCAACCAUAAAAUGAUCUUUUCUCACCAAAGAUAGUGCAAUAAUUAAUUAAUGCUUGCAUUUGAAUACUCAACAUUUAAAUAUCCUGGCUAAGCUUCACCUGAUUAUUACCAGUGUCUGCCUUUGUAUUUUAACUGAUAGCUAGAAGUAGUACCUAGAGUUCGAAGAGAAUCGUCUUUUUCUGUGACCUAUAGCUGAAUCUAAAACUACACAAUGUUUUAUUUAAUCUUGUUUGUUUUUUUUUGCUUUGAUUUAUACUUUUAAUCUGUUCUACACUUUAUUUCCCCCCCAGAUUCCUUUCUUUAGUUUUCUUUUUUAUGGAUUUGGAAACAAGUGGGAGCAACUUCUAAAAAGUAUAAUUUGAUUGAAAACCUACCAUGUGGAACUACCAAUUUCUUAAUCUGAGCAAUUUGGAAGAACUGAUGGUUCAGGUCUCAAGUUAUUAAGCCAAGUAAUAAACAUGUUGACUCUUAAAAAUGCAAUUAAAUGGAGCUGCUAUAGGAUCAAUGAACAAUCCAGUGACCUGCAGAGCCCAAUUGUAUAUGGAUGAGACAGUUGUGUGUGACAGAAUCAGUAAUAAACACCAAAGGACAGGCCAACAAGGUGGUCAAGUUGUUGACUAUGUAGUGAGCAGAAAUAUAUAUAUUUUUGAAUAUUUGUUAUGUGGAAUUAUUGUCAGUUACAAAAGUAUUUUGAAGUUGAGUAGUUCUAUUACUGUAAAUCUUCAGUUUGUCUUGGUCAGAAUAAACGUAUUCAAACGGAUGCAUAUUGGGGACAUGUACCCCACUAUGCAUCCUGACAUGAGGAAUUUGGAUUAACUGAAAAUUAAGCUCACCAGUGCCAUUGUUAUGAGCCUUUAAAACUGUAAGCAGUUGAUAUCUUUGUUUAUAAUUAUAUUUCCAAUAAUUUCAAGAAUAAUUAUGCCUUAAUGAACUACCUUCUGAGUAAGGUGGUGAUAGUAAUUGGAGUUUGUUUCUGUUUGUAUUUGUUACUAUUUCCUAUGUUGCAGCUAAACAAAAUUGUUCAGAAAUAAACAACUGCACUCCAUAAGCGUUAUAUCUUGACUUUUUUUCCAGAUUAGGCAGGUGGGCUGAAGGAUGGUUGAUGGAAUUUAAUACAGAGAAAUUUGAGGUGUUGCAUUUUGGGAAGUGUAACGUGAGCAGGAUCUACACAGUGAAUAGUUGGGCUCUGGGGAGUGAUGUGGCGCAGACGGAUCUAGGAGUGCAGGUCCAUACUGGAUCCUCGACUUUAUGACCCACAGACCCACAAUCAAUAUUGUCUAUGCAUCUUCCGCAAUAGCUCUUGAUGUCGCUGCUCCACAAGGAUAUGUUCUCAGUACCCUAGAAUACUAUAUACUCAGACUCUGAAGCCAAAUUCGGCUCUUAUUCCAUUAACUGGUUUGCAGACAACACUACCAUGAUGGGGUGGAUUAUGAACAAUGACCAGACGGUGUAUGGGAAAGAGAUUGAGAACUUAGUAUCAUGGUGUCAGGGCAACAAGGAGCAUAGUGGGGUACAUGUCCCAAUCAACAUCAAUGGUAUUGAAAUGAUAAAUGGCUGAGAGCGUCGUUCAUUGAAGUCAAAAUUACCAAUGGUCUGAUUACCAUGGCCCGACUACGUUGAAGUGGCAGCCAAGAAGGCGUAUACAGCGUCUACAGCUCUGCUUUCGUCAACUACACUGACAAGCCCAGAUCUACCCUUGUUAAUCUAAAUGUAUGUAUAUCUCAUCCCUCAGAAUACUCCAGUAACUUUCCAACCACAGAUGUUCGGCUCACUGGCCUGCUAUUCCCAGGCUUUUCCAGUUUCCAACCUCAUGUCCAUUUCCUCCACAAAUGUUGCCUAACUUGCUGAGUUCCUCUGGCACUUGUUGUUUUAACGACUAGCCAGUUGCCUGACUGAUCUAUACCUCAGUUCUGUUUUUCUCAUCAUACUUCCAUACACCUUGCCACUACUACCAAACUCAAGUUAUGUUUAACUUGAAAUCUCCAUAUUUAUCCCAGCAGUUUCAGCAAAUUCUGCAUUUCCAUUCCCUUCAUGUAAAAUGAAAGUUCCUAUAUUCAUUCUUAAGUUGCUGACUAUCAACUUUAACGUUCAGUUCCUUUCUUGUUACUUUCUUUAUCUGAUGUGUCAGAUUAGUUAUCUUCAGGGAAGAUAUACAGCUGCAAAACCAGGUAUCCAUAUUACCUAUUUAAAUAUCUGUUUAAAUGCCAUU